UUGUUUGCAUUAAACAGUUUUACAUUUUAUUUAUAAAUAAUAUAAUUUCAAGAUCAAGAUGUGUAUUAACAAGUGGAUAAAUCGCCAAAGGAAGGAGGAUUGAGAACAAUGCGAAAGUGUUAAAGUUUAUCAAAAGAUGGCGGAUAAAUACUACAGGCUUGUAUGUUUUGUUGUGAACCUUUGUCCAGAACCUUUACGAGAAUUUUUCAUCAAGCUUGCCAAUCAAGAUGCGGGGUCUUCUUAUACAACCCUUGAUGCAUAUCUUGCCCACAGGCACCCGGAUGUGAUGGAGCUGAAAAAGAAGAAAAGGAUCAGAGAAGAUCAGUAUCAUUUACUGUAUCCUGGUCAUGGCACCGCUGAUGUUGACCAAUGGGAUGUUACACUUCUUGUUACAUUAAUUACGGAAAUGUUCGCGACGAACAUACAACCACUUGAUAUUUUUCUCAUGAAGAAUGAAAUUCGCGGGAUACGUAACGAGUUGCAGCAUCUCCCAAACACUUCAGAUAUGACUGACAAAGAUUUUGAUAGCUUCUGGGGACGUCUUGUCAAUGCCGCUAUGACUAUAGCAAAGCAGGUGUUUAGUGCAGAGCGUGAAGAAUUGUUUCGAAAGAAAAUUGAAAAUGCAAAAUGCAAUAACCUUCCAAACCUUGGGGAUUCUCUAUGCAAGUGGUUUGAAGAAAUCAUUAAGCAAAUACAAAGCAAUACCAAUGAGACGACUUCAAUUCUUCGGCAAGUGACUGUUCAAAAACCCGGACCUUCAGGUGACAAAAAUAAAAGAAUUAAAACUGCUGAUGGAAUCCUGGCAAAGCUUCAAGCUAGUUUUGAAACAACAAUGAAUGAAUUACCAGAAGAUUUUAGUGCACCUUCAGAAGUUGUCGACAUCCGAACAAAACUUAGAAACAAUCACUACGUUGUUGUCACCGGAAGUUACAAUAGUCGUUAUUUUGAGACAGCACUUGCAGCCAUUAAAGGAAUGGAUUACAAUUACAAACGAUGUGUCGAGAUGCACGAGUCCUCGGACUGGCGCCAUAUCGACCCCGAAGACGUUGGCUUCGUCCUCUGUAGAAAUCCGUUUGGAAGUUUCUCGUAUGAUGAAAACAAAGCUAAAGCUAUGGCAGAUAUAUUCGACAACAUGAAGCAUACAACAAAAGGAGAUGAGAACAAAACUUUAGACCUAGUCAUAGUAACAGACCUGACGGUUCUGGCUGAGUGCAAAAGAUAUCAUGAUCAUGAUAUCCUGGAAGAAAUAGUAAAGGUUUUUGAUGAUACAAGUGAAUCACAACCGGCGGACCUUACGCUGGGGUGUAGAAAUCAGGAUAUGACCUCGAAAUGUUUUCCAGUUGCCAACAACUUGGGAGUACUGACGAGCAACUUCCUGAAGCAGUAUAGCAUCUCCAGCAGUCAAGUAGAUGAAAGCGUAAUUAAAGAGGCAAGACACAAAUUUAAAGCAAAGAAAGCCGUCGUGCUUACUGGGCCAAGAAAAUGCGGAAAAACAUCAGUAGCAGUUGCGUUGGCGUCUUCUUACCAGCCUUCACAAUGUUCGCUUCUUACAGAACCGAACGAUUUUAAGAAAAUUGACUUCCAGAACAUUUGCUUGAUCAUUAUCGAAGAGUUUGCCGGAAAGUACUGUUACGAUGAGAAAGACGUGUAUAAAUGGUACAGUAUGUUUGACCAUAUGUAUAAUGCUAUAACGGCAGGACAGAUGAACGUGAUAAUCACGUGCGAAAAAAGCAAACUGGACAAAUGUUGCACCGAAAUUUCAUCCCAUCCUGUUCUUAACCACAGAGUAGAAAUGUCAGCACGUACCACUGUCAUUAAACAGGAGAUGGUACUUCAGAGUACAGAACAUACUUUAAGCGUCGUGGACAGCCCUGACAGAUCUGUAAAUUAUAGUGCGAUUAUGGACACAAGUCGUACGGGAAUUGCGGGAGCAUUUAACACACAGUAUGGCAAUGGCAAACCGACAACCAUACUGAGAUUGCCACAAGCAGGCACAGCUCAAGACCAAUAUAUCUCCCCUAUAGGAAUACAGGGAUCGGUACAGAACUUCAUGACCAGUAGAAAUCUGUUUCCCAGUACUUGGAACAAUAUUCUUCCAGCACAGGCAUUAUCAACAGAAAGAGGAGAUAUUGUAGACAACUAUGCCGGAUCAACAGAUACAGGUACUAUGGUGGACUCAAGUAGAGGGGGAAUAUCGGGAGCCUUUAACAUGUCGUGUAGAAACGAAACAGAAAAGACAAUAUUGAGAUUGCCAACACCAGACAGAGCGCAGGACUUAACCAUCUCUCGUAUGGGAAUGCCGGCAUCGUUGUUGCAGAACUUUACGACUGUGCCAGCACAAACAGUAUCAAGAGGAGUUGGUACAGGUCCGCUGUUUCAGAUUCAUGGACAUCAAAAAAGAGUAACACAUGACCAGGCAAGAAUUCCAUCUGCACAGAGAUUAACAGGUUCACAUGUAUGGUCAGUCAAGGAUAAAUAUAAGAGUAACAUCCGGGUAAAAGGUGACAGAUAUGAAUGUGAUAUCCAUGGUUGUUGCCUUUUGCCUUCUGGAGAGAUUCUGUUAGCAGACUGCGAUAACGUCAGACUGAAGAAACUUGAUACCAGGUACCAGGUGAUCAGUGUGUGUGAUAUGCCUAUAUCUCCCAAAGAUGUUUGUUAUAUCGGUAACAAUGUAGCUGUAGUAGCACUGUCCAACAAUAAACUGCAGUUUGUAGAUGUAAAGGGAGGUAUGACACUUACCAAGUCUGUUGAUACAGAUCAUAUUUGUUGGGGACUGGCCUAUGGUAAUAACCAGUUAUAUGUUACAGAUCACAGGUCCGUCUAUAUAUACAGUAAAGACGGUAUAAAGCAGCGUAUUCUAUAUACUCAUCAGUCUGGUUAUACUUUCUUCCAAAAUAUUGCACUCAGUGAUGAUGGCAGUUUGAUAUACAUCUCAUACAUGGAUCGUGGACUUGUUACCAUUGACAGUUCAGGAAACCACCUGUACACAUUUACUGAUUCAGAACUCGAUAGAGCCGGUGCAGUUUGUGUAGAUGGUGAAGGUCAUGUCUUGGUAUCUGACGCUUACUCAAACAAGAUACUACAGCUUAGUUCUGAUGGUACGAAGAGACUGGGAAUCAUAUCAUACGGAUCUGAUUACACAUACAUUACACAAACAUUGUGUUUUGAUAAACAAAAUGCAGCCUUGGUAGUAGCUGGCUUUGAUGAUAACAUUAUGGUUUUAAAACUGCAGUGAUAAAACAUAUCUAUUAGUUGACUGUAAAAUGUAUAGAGCAAAUAAAAUUAUUAACUAGAAAGUAAUGUUUAAAGCAUUUUUGAUAGAUCUACAUGUUGAAAUUUCAUUUUGAUUUUGCCUCCUUUUUUGUCCAACAAACUUAUAAAGAUACAUGUACGUACAUGUGUGAAUGUUGUAUAAGAGCAGGUAUUAAAAUGUUUUGAAUUAAUUAUUCGCUGUACGAUUUCUUAUCAUAUGUAGGCAUCUAUACAGCUUAAAUAUCAACAAAGAAAAGGUAAACUCACACACUGCGUGACGUCAUUAAGGAGGUAGGUUUCUUUGUUACCAGGGUAAAUUCAAAUGCAGUUGAACCGCUGCAAUGUUUUGUAUUUCGUGUAAUUUAAUGUUUUAACUGCUUCAAUCUUAAUUUCGUUUAUCUCUGUCCCUUCAAGUACAAAUUUUAUCCAGGUUUGAAGUACAUGACCUUCCAAAGGUAUUUUAUAUUGAAAGAAGAAUAUACGGAUAUUUAACACUUCAGUGUAUUUUGGUUUCAUUGUUAUCCGUAGAAGUCUGCAUAAUUGAUAACUUUACCAGUAUGCGCGUUAGCUGUCUAACAUAAGCUUAAAAUGUAUAUGUCACGGAGUUCGUGUUUCCAUGCUAACGUAUUUUCACUCAUUUUUAAACAACAAUGUAUGAAGACGUUUUUUUUUCGACGGCUUCAGUGCCAUUCUGUUGGAAUAUGUUGGGUAAUAUCAUUAGCAAAAUACCAAGCACUUUACAUUGUACCCUAUUUUUCUUGAACUUUUAAGUAACCAUGGCAGUAGAGAUGUCGUGCACUGCCAUUGAAAUGUCUCAGUUUUACUUUUUCAACAAACUUUAAACCUAUAUCCUUUAUAAAAUCUUGAUGAAUCUUUUAUAGAUAUAAAAUAACUGUUAUCAUGAAAUAAAGUGAUACCUUCGUA